AUGAACUCAUCUGAAAUAUGGAACCUGAAUGGCCUACAGUAUUGCUUUGAUACUGACAAUUCAUCAUGCAUCAGAAUCAUGAGAUCAAAAGCUACUUCUGCUUCAAUGUACAUCUUCAUGGCUGGAACAAUAAUUUUUACUAUCACUGGGAACUUAGUGGUGAUUAUUUCAGUAACACAUUUCCGCCAGCUGCAUACUCCCACCAAUUUUCUUAUCCUAUCAUUGGCUGUUGCUGACUGCCUUGUGGGUCUCAUGGUGAUGCCAUUCAGCAUGAUAAGAUCUGUAGAGACUUGUUGGUAUUUUGGAAACACAUUUUGCAAAAUCCACACCUCCUGUGACAUGAUGCUGUGCACGUGUUCCAUUCUUCACCUGUGCGUUAUUGCCAUCGAUCGAUAUUACGCAGUCUGUGAUCCAUUGCAUUAUGUCACAAAAAUGACUGUUCAAGUGACAGGUGUGUUACUAUUUAUAAUCUGGCUGGUUUCAGUGUUUCUGGCAUUUGGGCUCAUUUUUUCAGAGAUUAACGCAGAAGGUAUUAAAGAAUUUGUAAAGUCAGUUUCUUGUGAGGGGUCUUGUACCCUAAUUCUGAAUAAGGUUUGGGGAGUUGUAGCACCUAGUAUAGCUUUCUUCAUUCCAGCUUUUGCUACAAUAUGCAUUUAUAUAAAGAUUUUUAUUGUAGCAGAAAAACAUAUGAGAGUUCUUAGCAUUCAAGAGAACGUGGCAUCUAGUUCAAUACUCAAAGUGAAAAAUUACAAGGAAAGAAAAGCUGCAAAAACAUUGGGUAUAGUCAUAGGAACAUUCCUUCUGUGCUGGCUACCUUUCUUCACAACAACUAUUACUGACCCAUUUCUAAACUUCUCUGCAACAGUUACUUUAUCUGAUGCUGUCUUGUGGCUGGGAUAUUUUAAUUCUAUGUUUAAUCCCCUUAUAUAUGGUUUGUUUUACCCUUGGUUUCGUAAAGCACUAAAAAUGAUUUUGAGGGGUGCAUUGUUUGGUGCAGGUUCCACUAGUGCAAUACUUUUCUCUGAUUAA